AUUAACGUGGGGUAAUUCUUUCUACAAUCUCCCCUAUUCGUUUGUUAUAAAGCCAUCUCUUGAUUUAUAAAAGUGUUGCUCUGAUGCUUGUACCGUGUAUUGGAGCCGAAAUAGAACAAGUAAAAGAUAGCGGCGAGUGAAAUGUGUAAAAAGUAAGGAAGUUGAACCUCUCUGCGAGUUAUUUUGCGGCUGCGAGCUGACUCCUACAACAACAAGAGAUAACGUGACAGCAGAGGAAAGUAGACAAUUAAUAUUAUUUUUCUUGGUUUUACUAGACUGUCACAGCCAAGGAAACUGUCCAUAGUCUCCUUGAUUACAGCCCUUCAACAGCAAGAUAUAUUGGAAUUCGAUAACUGAAAACAGAAAAAAUAUGGCGUAAAAAAAAUUGCAAUGUGGCUAAUUUUUGGGCCGUGAAGUACAGCUGGACACCAAAGGACGUACUUAAGGAGUCUAAAGGAUACCCCAGAGUCCUUGAGUUUAUCCUACCGGCCACACCUGCCACUAGACUAAAGGAUAAUCUAAAGGACCCAAAGACUAAAGGAUAUGCUAGAGUCCUUGAGUUUAUCCUACCUGCCACACCUAUCACUGGACUAAAGGAUAAACUAAAGGACCCAAAGACCGAAGGAUACGCUAGAGUCCUUGAGUUUAUCCUGCCGAUCACGCCCAUCACUGAUAAAGACAGGCAAGAUAAUAAACUCAGGCAGAUGUCCCUCCCUGCUACAAGUCCAGGGGGUUGGUAAACUUAAUAUAAACACCAGCUGACGAGGAGGAGGAGGCUUGUAGAGAUGUCUCCUCCCCAGGGGCUAGGGCUGGACGUGGAAAUCCUGCGCCGCCUGAGCAGUGACCGUUUGGUGCGGGUGUUGGAGGAUGCUCCAGGAGCCAAGGACCUAAUCCUCGAUGGGGACCUUAUGAAGCUCCUUGAUCGCAUUGCUGGGGCGACAUUACUAAGUAACCCUUGGUGGGCCAGUAACACCACUAGUUUGUGUUACAGGAGUCAUGGGGUGGACAAGAUGUACAGGCUGGAGAGGGUUCCACCUCCGGUGCAGAGUAAUCAGCGAGUGUACUUGGUGCGACCCUCCCUGCUGCUGCUCAAGAUGCUAGCCGACCAUGUGCAUGCUGACCGUGCUGCACACCCUGACCUGCAGGUCCAUGUGGUGGUGGUACCACGUCUGGUGUCCUGGGUUACAGGCUUAUUGGAGGAGGAGGGACUGUACGGUGCCCUCACCCUUCACGAGUUCUGUCCUGACUUUAUACCUCUUGAUGAUGAUUUGCUGUCACUGGAAAUGACUUCCUUCUUCAGAGAUGCUUUUCUUGAGGGGGACUUCAGUGGGUGUGUUGAUGUGGCCCGUGCAGUCAACACACUGCAGGGACUCUUUGGGCAAAUACCUCAAGUUUUGGCUCACGGGAGGGCAGCCAAGGCAGUAGUCAAUACUCUUGACCUCCUCAACAACCAAAACUCACCCAAGAAGACACACCAGACUCCUGAAAUCAGCCAUCUCUUCAUAUUUGACCGAGAUGCUGAUUAUGUAACGCCUCUCCUGACCCAGCUGACCUAUGAGGGUGCCCUAGAUGACCACUUUGGCAUUCAAGCAGGAGUGGUGGAGUUCCCUGGGGAGGUGGUGGGGCAGGAUGCACCACGCAAGGUUGCCCUGAACAGCAAAGACACAAUUUAUGACAAUAUCCGUAAUAAACACUUUGCCUCUGUGUCAAGUUACCUCAUCACCAAGGCAAAAGAGGUCAAUGCCAAGAAGGAGCAGGCACAAACAAUGACUGCCAGCCAGAUGAAGGAUUUUGUGGUCAAUGAGCUUCGCACUUUGCAGGCUCUCCAUGCCACACUUGCCCUUCACCUGAGAGCAUGCGAGUCCAUCACUAAGUCUAUGAGGCAAGACUUUGAAACACAGCUAACCACUGAACAUGGACUGAUUACAGGUGCAGGCAAUUCUGGACAGGCCAAGAAUUUUCUGAAAGACUGUCUUGCUCGUAUGCUUCCUAUCACUGCUAAUUUACGAUUGCUAUGUUUGUGCAGCCUUACCCAAGAUGGUUUGUCCCACAAUGAAUAUAAGAAGCUAGCAUCUCAGGUUCUUGCUGCUCAUGGGCACAAGCACCUUAUUACUCUCAACAAUUUGCGGCAACUUAGUCUCCUCUGUGCCAGUGAGUCUCCAGGUUCUGGUGCUGGGGCCACACGAGAAAAUUCUAGCUCCAACAUUCAAGGUCGACUGGCUCAGGUGACCUCUCUCUUACCGAGGAGAGGCCAGGGGUGGCAUGCAGCAGCCAAACGGUUGAAGCUCAUUCCAGACCCAGACAAGACUGUGGACCUGCAUAACCCCACAGAGCCCAGCUAUGUUUUCAAUGGAGCAUACACUCCUGUUCUGGCCAAGGUGGUUGGUGAGGCACUAAGUGUGAAGGGAGCCAUCCCUCAGACCCUUCUGGACAGCCUUAAAGUACUGCCUGGUACCACUAUCAGCCGAGCUCCAGCACCAGGCUCCCCUGUAGGGCCUCGUGUAGCUCUAGUGGUAGUGAUGGGUGGUUUGACUUACACUGAGGUGGCUGCACUCAGGCUCCUGGCAACAACCAGUGGGAUGCGCAUCAUCUUGGCCUCCACCUCAACCACAAAUGGGGACCAACUAAUUUCAUCAGUGGUGCACAAAUGAAUCCAAUAAUGAAGGCUGUAAAGUGAGUAGGGAAAGUGUUUGAAGUCUGCACAUUACAAAAGAAUAAUUUCUCAAUAUUCAUCAGCAUAAUUGAGAAAACUAUUUGAAUGUAAUUGAUUGAUAUACUUGUUAAUACAUUUAUCAUUUGUGCUUUUGUUAAGUACAAUUCUUGCGCAACAAAACAAAGCUGGGUGAGUGUGCAAGCUCACUCAGAUGUUCAUCCUCCCCUUUGGGCUGGUCAAUAAAUGGGUACCUGGGAAAACCUUGGGAAGGUAAACUGGGGUAACCCGGAUGUCACACCUUUCCUGUGCCUUAGGGUAAUGGAUUUUUACCCAACAUAGGCUCAAGGACCAGCAUGAUGGAGAUGAGCAUCAAGCCCAUGCCCAGCUAUAGUAUAUGCCCCCUUGAUCUUUAUAUCAUAUAUAUACAUUUGUUAUUGUGUUACAGUUAUAAUAAAAGAAAAACAAAU